CUCGCUACGGUUGAAGCAAUAUGCCUCCCCGAACAGUCUCAAUCCAGCAUGAAGGUGCUGGACCAUCCUCACCUUUCACCUCCAGCAACACCCGAAGUACCGAUGUGGAAGCAGCUCAGGUCCGGGAUGCUGACUUUGACAAGGGAAGCCUUAUAACAGCUCCUCGUAUGCUGUUCCGGGAGCUUGGCUUUCAGUGGUCCUCUGUUAUGAAAGCUUGGAGCCAUAAAGAUAUCAGAUGCGCGAUGGUUGAUGCCGAUGAACCAACAUACCUCCCUCAUAUGUUUGUCUCCCGACAGGACGGCCCCCUCUCCUGUCAUCUCUUUCUUCAAGACUGUGCUCGAUGCAGUUCAGAUACAAAGUUCACCAAGUUCUGCCCCUUGAACUACAAGAACAGCAUCCACAUCCAUGCGUUUCUAGACUCUCAGAUCAUAUACCGGGACGGCGAUAUACUGGAGCAGAAAUCAUUUCGGGAUGAGGAGGACGGGCAUCAGGGUGUAGAUUGGGCGGAGCUAGGAGAAGAGAUAAGGAUAUGGGAGGAAAGCGGAGAUGAGGUUGAGCGGGUUUACACUCUUCGACCAAGCGACCGACGUGCUCGAGAGGGCUUCCGCGAACGUGUCACUCCGCCUACCGUCGAUGGUCGCCCAACAGCAAGAUCAUACUUCGUCCAAAGACAGAGAGACGCGAGCCUGGACCAAGCUGUCGACAUCAGAUCCAUGUGUGAACAUGUACUGAACUGGAAGUUGCCGUUAUGCAAGAGGGAUGAGCAGCGAAGGCCGAACAUGGGUCAGAAGAGACAACGAGACGCCGGUAGCGAGGCUAACUUGGUCAAACGCCCGCGAAGACGUGCUGCUCGAAGCAUGGAUGGCAAUACGACAGAGAGACCGAACCCGGUGCAUCGUCUGCCAUACGAUCCACAAGACAUACACGGGCAAGAGAACGUUGAGACUGGACGCAAUGCUGCAAGCCCUCUGUCUUACUCAAUUCACUCAAGUCAUCGACAAGAGUUUCCGUCUCCUCGAUCAGAUACUCCUCAACAUGAUUUUGAAUUUGGGCCUGAUAUGAUGGAAGUCCCGGACCAUACCUCUGCGUCCGGCAAUCACGGCAGCGGGGCAUGCGACAACGGCGGAAGUGAUGAAGAGGAAUCGUCCAGAUGCUCCGACAAGGCUGAUCGUAGACGUAAGGAAGCCGACUCGGACAAAAUUGAAAGGCUGGAACGGACGGUGAAAAAUCAGGAUAUCUUGAUCAGAUCCCUUCAACGUCAAGUCGACAGGUUCGAGCGAGAUCCUCAGUACCAAGAGUUGACCGAGGAGAUAGAGGUGCUACACGAGCAUAUCAAAUCCGUCAAAGAGAGGCAUCUCAAAGAAGUCGAAGACGAUCUCCCUAAUGCGGAGCUUGUGGAAGACCUUCACACGGCUCGAUUAGAUCUAUCCUGCUUGAAAAUCAAGUUCAACAUUUUCACUGACGCCAUCAUGGAUGAGUCCCGGGGCAAGCGUCACAUGCCCUUUCUUGAAGCGGUGACCCGAAAGCAAAGACUCGAAUGUGGACGUCUCAGACGCCUAGAAGAUGAGAACAAAGAGCUCGAGACGGAGCUUGACGAGGUUCGGAAGGAGCUUCGUGUGCUGCGCAAGCGAAAAUACGACGAGAACAAGCUUAUACAGGAAGCGGAAAGCGAACGGAGGCAGUAUGAGUCUUGGAAAACGAAGAACGAUCGUAUUCUGAAGCGAUUGGAGAACGAAAAGGCCGAAGCUAUAAAGUCUCUCCAGGAGGGAGAAUCCAGACAUUCGCGGGUCAUCGAAACAUUGAAGGCUCGCAUGGAGGAAAUUCUUCACGAGAAAAUGGAAAUGGCUAGAGCAUCAAGAGACGCUGAAUACGAAACAUCGCUACAGUUGGAAGAGCUCACAUCCGUGAAGGCCGAAUCAGUCGAAGCUCAUAAACGACUUCAGGAGGAGAGAGACGACCACGCGAAACUGCGCCAUGAUCUUGAAGCGACUAUCGAGGAAUUGCUCCACGAGACUGAAGGCCUCUCCUCAGCACUGAACAACUCAAUUGCGACGAGUGUCCAUCUCAGACAGGAAAAGGCUCGAUUGAUUGGCGACAUCCGUCGACGACGGCAGGACUCACUGGACAUGCUCGACUUGGAAACGGCUGCUCAUACAGAUGCUCGAGCUACGAUUGGUCAAUUACGUCUCGAUCAAUCGCUGCGGGAUCAACGCGAGUUGCAACUUGGGCUGGAACUUGAUGCCAGUGUCAUGGCAGCCUUGCACUUAGUCGAGCAGCUGGCGAGCGCGGAGCAGGAGAUCCAAACGUUUGAAGAUACUACGGACGUGCUCUUAUGUCGCCUAGGUGAGGCUUCAGAAGACAUUUCAAGAAUUACGGCCCAAUUGGUCGCCAGCUCCGAGAAGCGUGAGGCAUUGGAAGAGGAAUUGAGGAGGUAUCGGGCGCAGAACUCCGACCUCGAAGGAUUGUUUACCGAUGUCAAGCGAGCGAUGGACAAUUUUGGAGAGAGGCGGGAAUAGGUGGUGACUUGGAUUGUACAGUAGUCCAGGAUUCUGACUUGAAGGCCAGGCAAGGGAAAAGGUAGCUUGAGAGGCACCGAUUGAUAAAGGUCAAUGGGUCAAGGUUGUAGACUAGCGUCUUGUAUGCAUAGUACUUGAUUCAGUGCAUGACACUCAGUGAUGGGACGCCACGACAUUCCUUCCAUUUAUUCUGGCUCAAGAUGGACUGCAUUUGACUGUGAUAUCCCCUUGUACCGAAGCUUUUUUCUCCAGCUACUGUAGCUCGUGAUGUCUGU